CAUUCAUAUCGGUGUACAUAACCUAACAUAACCACAAUUUCAUAAGUGAGGUUUUCACGUGUAUUAUUUGAAUAUAUACAUUGAAUAGAUAACAGGGAUAUAAUGGCAGGGCCCUCCAAGAGACGUGCAAUUAAAAAUAAAGAAUCGGAAUCUGGUAGCGAUAUGGAUGAGGACGGAUAUCAUGGACAAGAGGAAAUACAAGCAGACUUUGAAGGAAGAAAUCCUGAAGCACAUCAUUUCCAUGCUAUAAAACAACUUCUUCAACAAUUAUUCUUAAAAGCCCAUAUCGAUUUAUCUCAAUUAGCUGAUUUGGUGAUUGCCCAAACAGGAAUUGGAAGUGUGUUAGUUCAGAGUUUGUAUGAUGAUGAAGAUGAUAGUGAUGAUGAUAUGUCCUCUGAUGCUUUUGGAAUAACAAGUGUGAUAAAUAUAUCGUCACAUAAGGAAACACCAUGCAUAAAACAAUUAAUUGCUUUAAUCAAACAAUUAUCAAAAGAACAUGCAGAUGAAUCAAAACAGAAAGAAAUUGAAGAUAUUCUAUCCAAUAAAAAAGUAGGUCUGUUAUUAAAUGAAAGAUAUGUUAAUAUACCAGCCAAAAUUGCGGAUCCUUUACUUACCUCCUUAAUGGGCGAAAUAGACAGGUUUAAAAAGAAAGAUUCUUCAUAUGAUUUUGAUUAUUAUGUGAUGAUUUGUAAAAUGCAUAAAUCAAAACAAAAUAAAAGUGAAAUAUUAUUUGCAAAUGCAGAAGAAGAAAUUUUUGCAAAAGAAGCAAAAGCAUGUUUUGAUUUUGAUGUGACUCAAGAAUCAGAUACAUCAGUUACUGGAAAAUGGUCUGAGGAUGAUGUUGAAAUGACUCCAUUCCGAUUAGUUUUAUUUUUUGAAGGAAAUAAAUUUUCUAAUAUUGUACAACAAGUUAAAGCUUUUGUUAAUUAGGUAUAAGAAAUAAACCGAUUUAUACAAUGAUA